AUGACAAAAACACGUUCCACUUCACAAAAUCCCAAUUCACAAAAUUUAGAGAAGCAAAAUUCAGAGAAACUAGCGGCUUUAGCAAAGAUCUCUGAAAAUCAUGAACAUGCAUUACAAGAAAUCCAGAAGCAAUUGCAAACCAUCGCUGGGUUCAUGCAAAAGGUUGCGGAAGUAGAGGAAAAACGCCAACAGAUCCCAAAUUCAGGUUCCCGAGCUCUUCUUAUCAAUAAUAAUGGGGGAAAUUCAGAGUCUUCAACCCUCAAUUCUAUCAAGAACCUAAGAUUGGACUUUCCAAGAUUCCAUGGAGAAGACCCCACUUGCUGGGUUUACAAGGCCAACCAAUUUUUCUCAUAUCAUAACACCCCAGGGCACCAGAAGGUGAUGAUGGCUUCGUAUCAUCUAGAGGAAGAAGCUCUUAUUUGGUUCCAGGAUGCAGAGCAAUCAGGUGGGUUUAGUAGCUGGGAGGUCUUCAUUAAAGCCUUGCAGACACAUUUUGGUGUCACUGCGUAUGAUGAUCCUAUGGAGGCUCUUACCAUACUCAAACAGACUUCCACGGUGAUAGCUUACAAAGGUAACUUCGAAAUUUUGUCAAAUAGAAUUUUGGGUUUAUCUGAGACACACAAAUUGAGUUGUUUUCUAAGUGGGUUAAAGGAUGAAAUUAGACUACCUGUUAGGAUGUUGGUUCCUAAAACUCUUAAUGAGGCUUUUGGGUUGGCAAAAAUUCAGGAGGAAUACUUAAGCCAUAGUAGGAAGGGAAUUAGGAAUACAAUUAAGAAUGGUAAAGUUUCAGUUUUUGGGUCACCGAAGUUAGAACCAAGAAUAGAAUCAAGAACCAAAUUUCCUUUACAAAGGUUGACUGGAGCCCAAAUGGAGGAAAGAAGAAAACAGGGGUUAUGUUACAACUGUGAUGAAAAAUGGCAAGUUGGGCAUAAGUGUAAAGGGGCUAAAUUGUUUUUGUUGGAGGGGGUAAAUGAGAUAGAACCUAAAACUUCUGGGAUACCACUUGUGGAGAUUACUGAGGAGGAAGUUCUGAUGGACAAUACAAAUGUUAGUUCAAGGAAUGAAGUUAAUUCUGCUGAUAUCACCUUGUAUGCCUUGGUGGGGAAUCCUACUGCCAAUACCAUGAGGAUAAAAGGGAGAAUCCAGAAUCAUGAUGUGGUGUCUCUCAUUAACUCUGGGAGCACCCAUAAUUUUUUGGAUGUUGCAGUGUUACCUGUGCUGCAAUUGCACUUGGAUACCUCUCAGAUAUUAGAGGUUAAAGUAGCUGAUGGCACAGUUAUUAAGACUUUGGGAAGCUGUCAUGGGGUCAAUAUCACUUUGCAAGGACAUAGGUUUGUGUUGGAUUUUAAUGUCUUACAUUUGGGGGGUUGUGAGGUAAUUUUAGGUACCCAAUGGCUGAGUACUUUGGGGGUAAUCAGUUGGAACUUUCAGUUGUUGACUAUGGAGUUUCUGCAUUUGGGAAAAAUGGUGUUUCUCAAGGGAUUGCAGCCUGCUUCCUCGAUCAUUUCUGAUGCUAGCAAGCUUUUCAGUGGGUCAACAAGGAAGGGUUUAGUGCUGCAAAUUACGACUGCAACCCUUGUGUCCUUUGACCAACCCCAUUUUCCACCUGUGCUGGUAGAUUUGCUGAAUGAAUUUUCCAAGGUUUUUGCUGUUCCUACUGGCUUACCACCUAUCAGAGGUCAUGAACAUAGCAUCAACCUCAAGGAAGGAACCUUGCCUGUGUGUGAAAGGCCAUACAGGUAUCCUCAUUUUCAAAAAUCUGAAAUUGAAAAGAUAGUAAAUGAGUUGCUAGAAGUAGGGUCAAUACAGCCUAGCCAAAGCCCAUUUUCUUCACCUGUUUUGCUUGUAAGGAAAGCUGAUGGAAGCUGGCGUAUGUGUAUAGACUAUAGGGCUCUUAAUAGGGCUACUAUUAAAGACAAAUUUCCAAUUCCCAUUGUAGAUGAGCUAUUAGAUGAAUUGGCAGGUGCUUCAGUGUUUUCUAAGCUAAAUCUUCGGUCAGGUUAUCACCAGAUUAGGAUGAAGAGUGAGGAUGUUCCUAAAACUGCCUUUAGAACUCAUGAAGGGCAUUAUGAGUUUUUGGUUAUGCCAUUUGGAUUGACUAAUGCACCAUCUACUUUUCAGGCCUUAAUGAACUCUAUCUUUAGACCCUAUUUGAGGAAAUUUGUCCUAGUGUUUUUUGAUGAUAUUUUAGUCUACAGCCAGUCCAUGGAAGCUCUUGUGUCUCAUCUUAGAACUGUUUUGGAGGUGUUAAUGUCUAACCAGCUAUAUGCCAAGCAGUCCAAGUGUGUAUUUGGCUGUAUUGAAGUUGAAUAUUUGGGUCAUGUCAUCUCUGGGGAGGGUGGCAGAUUCCAAGAAGAUUUCAGCUAUGGUUCAGUGGCCUAUACCUGA